UGGGAAAGGAAGAGGCCUCCUUACCCUCUUCGCCAAACCGACUCUUCUUCUUCUUCUUCUUUCUUCUUAGAAAAAGUAAGAGGGGUGAAAUCCACGCGUCUAAAUAGCACCGAUCCCAGAUCACCACACUAGCUUCCUCUUGAAACGUCUCAGAAGCUUCCCUCGAGAAAAAGACCAAGAAAAGUGUGUGGGUAAUUUGUCUCUUCGUUUUUCACUCUCUCUCUCUCUCUCUCUCUCUCUCUCUCUCUUACGUUGGAAAGACGACUAAACUAGAAUGGGCUUUGUGGGUUCCUCCAUCUUUUCAUUUAUUGGUGCCUCUCAAAAUUUCUAGAACCCACAUAAUUUUCUGGGACCUUCGUUUCCUUUAUAUAAGUGUAGCUUUCCCUGAACUAACGAGAAGAACAAUAAUCCAGAGUUUCCACGGGAAGUUAUGGUAUUGCUUCCAACUCAACCACGAGACCUGGUUUUCGUGCUGACCAAUGGAAGCUGAUAACACACGCAAGCCUUGUGUUCACUCUCGCUUCUUUCUUUCUGGGUUCUACUGCUGGGGCUGGGAGUUCUUGACCGCUCUCUUGCUUUUUAGUUGCUGAAAUCAUUUCCAAUCCCAAAAGUGGGAAACAAAACGACCAUACAUCGUUUUUAGUUUUCAUUUUGAUUUGCCUUUUUUUUCUUUCUUUCUUUGUGAAUAAUUAAGGGGAGGAGGGAGGUCGUUUGGGUGGUUGGUGAGGGGUAAAUCGGGAAGAAGAAAUGGCGCAAAGGUCUGUUCCGGCGCCGUUUUUGACAAAGACGUACCAGUUGGUGGAUGAUCCGAUCACGGACGACGUGAUAUCGUGGAGUGAAAGUGGCUCCACUUUUGUGGUGUGGAAGACUGCCGAUUUUGCCAGGGAUUUGCUGCCUAAGUAUUUCAAGCACAACAAUUUCUCAAGCUUCGUUCGGCAGCUUAACACAUAUGGCUUUCGGAAGAUCGUGCCGGACAAAUGGGAGUUCGCAAACGAGAACUUCAGGCGAGAGCAGAAGGAGCUACUCUCCCAGAUACGUCGCCGGAAAACUGUCACGUCGGCGCCGUCACAAGUUUCUCCCGGCGUAAAAUCUGCCGGAGGCGGUCCCUCGUCGGCGUCUAACUCCGGCGAGGACAUGGGUUCCACCUCCACCUCCACCUCGUCCCCGGAUUCGAAGAACCCGGGGUCGGUGGAGACGACGACGGCGGCCACGGCCACGGCACUGGCCGCCGAUUUAUCGGACGAGAACGAGAAACUGAGGAGGGACAACGAGAUGCUGAGCUCGGAGCUGGUGCAGACGAAGCAGCAGUGCGACGAGCUGAUCGCGUUUCUCACUGGGUAUCUGAAGGUGGGGCCCGAUCAGAUCAAUCGCAUGAUGCGGCAAGGAAGCUGUGGGGCCAGUGGGGUUCGAUCCCACGGCGACGAUGAUGACGACGAAAACAAAGGAGUUGAAGAAAACGGGGAGAGUUUGAAACUCUUCGGUGUUUGGUUGAAAGGGAAUAGGAAGAGGGCGCGUGAGGAGAAAAUUGGGUUCGGUGGGGCCCAGGGUAAGGAAAUGAAGGUUUGUAAUUGACGAACCAGCGCGUGCCACGUUAGCAAAAAAAAAAAAAAAAAGGAAGACAAAUGAGGUGCACAGGAUAAGGCCCGGUGCACUCCCUCUUUUAAAUACAGCAACCGUAAGGUAUAUUAUUUUCCGUCUUAUGUGCAAAGUAUAAUAAGGAUGACCAUGGGUGGUUUUAAAUUGUAUAACGUAGGUGUCAUAGAGUAGUUGUCGUGGAAGGUGGAGGUCAAAGGCAAAUGGGUCUCCACCAUCCGUCACUGUUGAAAGGUACGAUGCAUUCAAUGUCUACAAUUCGCACCUUCAGGUUAAUUAAUAACUGCAUGUUAUUAUAAUCGUUAUCGUGUUGUAAUUUGUAACUGUAGCUUCACAAGCUAAAAUUGUAAUAAUAGAACGUUUUCUUGUA